GUGACGGAGGGAGUCAAGGCAGUGCGGCGGCGCGCCGGGCGAUGGACUGAGCACUGAACAGGUCAGGUCAGGUCCGGUCAGGUCAGAUCAGCAGAUGGUCGGAGUGACGCGAGUUGCAGAUCGCCAAACAGAACAGUGAACAGGAUACACAGACGGGACGAAGAGCAACUGCUCGUGGAUACUUCUUCCUCGAAGCGCUGUCCUGCGCUGUGCUGGUGGCCAUGUUUCUACGAUCUCCAAGUGCGUUACUCGUCUCGGUGUGCUUUUGUCAAAUAUUGAUCGGAGUUACCCUCGCGCAGGUUAAACGGCAGGCGAAUUCUGGAUCUUCCUAUCCGACCUACACCAGCGUUCCGAAGACGUCGUUCUCGUGUGACCAGUUCGGGCCCGGCUACUAUGCUGAUCUGGAGACAGACUGUCAGGCCUUCCAUGUGUGCCAUACGGAUAAAGUGGACUCCUUCAUUUGCCCUCCGGGAACAGUAUUUAAUCAGAAGGUGUUUGUGUGCGACUGGUGGUACAAUGUCGACUGCGGAGCCUCGGACCAGUUCUACUCGCUCAACAGCCUGAUCGGCCGAGAGUCGGAGGCCGGUGGACGGAGCUCGACCGCGUCUCAGAGCCAGAGGAGGCGAACUCAACCUGUGACGAACUCACUCGACGAGAAGAGGGAGGAAAAUGAUAACCAAGAAGCGGGUAAAAUAAGACCUGUCACUUCAAGUCGUGAUCAGACGAGCUCGAGUGCUGAGAACCUAUCUAAUGAGAACCUUCUGUCGUUUGGAGAUGGUGAUGUUCCCAAACAAGGUGUGACAGACCGAGCUGAUACUUUUAGCGACGAUGGUGGCGAAUUUGGCGAGAAGUUCGCAGUUACCUCUGGUGAACAAGUCACUAGCUCCCAGGGACCUGCGGUUCUCGACGUUGACUCUCUUGGUAGCAAUAACGAUGAGGAUAGAGAAGAAACAUCGGUGUCUCCGACUCCCUCUUCUGGGCGCAAAGGAGGCAUAUCGAGAUGGGGACGGCUGCUGGGAAAUGCCAUCGCUAAGGAAUCACGUGGUGCCAGACCAACUGCGUCAUCCCUGCCACGGAAUCGACCCUCCGUACGGCCUGUCAAUAAAGAAUCGAGUGGUGCAUCGCGAAACAGCAUCAAACCAACAACAGCCACCAAGAAUAAGACACCACUACGAACGCAGCAGCCGACUCAGGAUGGAUCAUUUGACUCAGAGAGGUUUGGCAGCCCGAAGAAGGUAAUCAGUCCAACAAGAAGACCUUCCGCACGUCCGUCGGUUGCCCGAGCUCCCCUCGGAAAGGCACCUUCUGCGACACGGCGACCUUUCCAGCCCACCGUCCCCCGACCGACGCCGCUAGAAGGUGACACUGGCGGCAGUACAGACAGUGACAGUGAUGACAGUGGUAAAGUUAGGGGUGGCGACAUCGGCGGCAGAGGAAGAGGAAGUGCAAGUAGAAGUCGCGGCAACAGUAACGGCGGCAGCAGCAGCAGCAGUAGCACAAGCAGUAGCAAUAGCAGUGGCAGCAGCGACAAGAGCAGAAACAGCGGUAGCAGUGGCGACAAUAGCGGAGUCGGUCCUGGAGGCCGGCUCUUCAGCACCAGCAGUGGCAGUGGCAGUGGCGGCGGCGAUAGCACGGGUAGCAGUAGCAGCGGCGGCGGCGGCGGUGGCAGUGGCGGCAACGGCAGCAAUGGCAGCAGCGGGUUCAACCGCGGCGGCGGGCUUUCCUUCACCGCCACCAGCAGCAGCAGUGGCAGCAGUGGCGGUCAGACCCCUCAGCCGCAGUACCAGUUCGAUCGAGUGCGCGCGCAGCUGGCCACGCUGCUGGAGGGAGUUGAGCCCCUGGACGUGCCGGCGAAUCAGCUGGACCCGCAGCCGGCUUCAGCAGCUCCGGGAAGGGUGGUGUUCUCCGCUCGAGGGCAGGAUCAGCCAGAGUGGUUAUAUGCGCUGGGAGGAUUGGUCCUCUGA